AUGAUAAUGUUGGCAGAAGUAGCCGAUAUCAAUAAUACAAAAACAACAACAACAACGAAUAAAAUGGAAUCGGCUACAAUUAUGAAUCAAACAUCAACAUCAUCUUCAACACCAACAAAUCAUCUUUAUAUGCAACAACAACAACAACAAGUUAUGAAUAAAAUUGUACAACAACAACAACGAACAUCGAUUGGUUCACCAUCAUCAUCACCAUCAACAACAACAUCAUCAUCAACGAAUGGUUCAAAAAUUCGUAAAACAUCAACACCAACACCGAUAUCAUCAUCACAGAAUAAAUCACCAUCAAAAACAAUAAUAAAUCAACAAUCACCAAUUAUAGGUGGAAAUAAAAAUCUAUGGAAAUCGAAUAGUAAUAAUCAACAAUCGAUGACAAAUGGAAUAUUUCAUCCAAAUCAAUCAUCAUUAUCAUGGCUACAAUCAUCAACAACUGGAAAAGAUAAUGAUAAUUUACUUCAACAAAUGUUUACAGAUUUACAUCAACAACAACAACAACAAAGAUUUGUUGGUGGUAAUAAUAAUAAAUUUCAAAAUUUAUUAGCUAAUGGUCAUCAUAAUAAUAAUAAUAAUGAUCCACAUCAUAUAAUGAUUGAUACAAAUUUUGUUGGUGGUCUAACAACAAAUCAACAAUCAACAACAUCUACAUCAUCAUCAUCACCAUCGCAAACAACAAUGCGUGAUAUUUAUAAUUCAUUUGUUGAUGCAACAGGAGUAAACAAUUCUAAUGAUACAAUGAUUAUUGGUUCAGUUGUUGAUAAUAGUAAUCAUCAUCAUCAUCAUCAUUCAGGUAUACCGACACCGAAUUCAGUAACAUCAACAAUAUCAUCAUCAUGGACUGGUGGUGGUGUUGGUGGACAUAAUCAUCAUUGGCCUGAUCAACAACAACAACAUCGACCAUCAUCAACAACAACAACAAAUCAUAAUCAACAAGAAUCUAAUGGUGGUGGUUUAUUCAAUGUAUGGAAUACAAAUAUAAGUGAUCAUUUAAAUCAAAUUCUUGGUCAUCAUUCUAUGAAUAAUAAUAAUAAUGGUAAUCAUAAUAAUAAUCAUCAAUCGAAUGAUAAUUCAUCAAUAAUAUGGUCAACUAAUAAUGAACAUCAAUGGAUACGACAACAACAACAACAAAAUAAUAAUAAUAAUAAUAAUGUUGAUAAUCUGAUAAUGCCAAUAUUAUCAUCAUCAUCAUUAUAUGGAUCAGUUUCAAAUAAUAAUAAUUCAAUGCAGCCGAAUAAUAUGAAUGAUUCUUUACAGCAACAACAACAACAAAGACAAUCACAACAGCAAUCAAAAUUAUUAUUGGAUUUUUAUCAUGAUAAUCUUAAGUAUUUUAUGAAUGAAGAUUUAAAAUUAACAAAAACAAUGUUGGAUUUUUAUAUGGAAAAUUUUUCAUUACAACGAUCAACAAAUGUAUCAACAACAACAACACAGCCAAUAACAUCAUCAUCAAGUUUAGAAAUGGAACAAAUUAUUUUGAAUCGUUUGCUUCAACAAAAAUCUACAUCAUCGGAUUUAAAUCCAAAUGAUUCAAGUGGUUGGGAUGAAUUUGCUAAUAUUUAUUAUGAUUUACAAGAAAAUGAAAGACGUUUACAAUAUUUGGAUAAAGUAUUGAUACAAACAAAAUUUGAAGAAUUGAAAAAAUUAUAUUCAUUAUGGUUAAUGAGUGCCAUUCAAUUAUCAUCAUCAACAAUGACAACAACAAAUUCUGAAUCUGAUUCGAUUACAUCGAAAUCAUCAUCAUCAUCAUCAUUGGAACCGAAUGAUAAUAAUAAUCAAACAAUACAAAAUUAUCAACAAUUAAUGACAAAUGUACAAGAUAAAUUGAAACAAUUACAAAUGGAUAUAAAAUUAUUACAACAAGAUAGUGGUUUACAAUUUCAAUCAACAAUAUUACGUUUAUUAAAAUAUUAUCGAAAAUUAUUCAAUAUGAUACCGAAAGAAAUAUUAUUGAAUUUGCCGUUGAUACAACAAUUACAUAAUAAUAAGGAUGGUGGUGGUGGUAAAAAUGUUGAAAAUUUAUCGAUUGAUGUUCAUAGUGAUGAUGAUGAUAAUGAUGAUGGUGAUUAUAAUGAUAAUAAUAAUAAUGAUGGUAAUAAUAGUGAUGAAGCAUUCAGUGAUGUUGAUCAAGAAUCCGAAUCAAGUAGAUCGAUUGAUUGUGUAAGUAAUACAACAACCACGACAACAACAACAACAGCUGAUCAAAGAAAACUUCAACAUUCAUAUCGACAAUUUUUAUUACGUUUACGUUUAUUAUCAGCUAAUCAACAGCAUUUAUAUUCAACAAAUAUGGAUUUAGAAUUGAAAAAAGAUAAAAAGAAUCGAAAAACAAGUUUGGCUACGAAUUCAAUGAAUAUUAAUAAUAAUAUCAAUUCAUUAAAUGGUGGUAAAAAUUGUGGUGGUAACAGUAUUACUAAUAAUAAUAAUGAUAAUGAUACUAAUGCUGCUGCUGCUGUUGCUUCUGCAACCACUACAAUAACAUCGAAUAAGAAUAAAAAUCAACAAAAUAAAUCAAUAAAAUCUUAUCCACAAAUUGUACGAUUACGAAUAGAACAAUCAUUAUAUUAUCCAUAUUAUUAUCCAAUAUCGGCUGAUAGUUUAAAUAUUCAUGGACCAAUAAUGAUUGUUUAUAAUCGACCAACAAUAACAACAACAACAGCAACAAAAUUAUGUCAACGUAUUAAUAUUGGUGGAAAUAUAACAACGCACAAUUGGAAUCUAAUUGAAUCGAUUGAACAAGAAACAAAUCGAUCCGGUACGACCGGUACAUUGGUAUUGGAGCCAAAGUUUUCUGUUUCAAUAUCGGAUUCGAUUAAUAAUAAUGAUAAUAAUAAUAAUCAUCAAAAUGAUUUGAUAAUAACACAGGAUUCACAAGCAACAGUUCCAACAUCAAUGUUGAAAUUAAUUCACAAACUUCGAACAUUGUUUCCAAAUGUUCCAAUAAAUCAAUUGGUCGAAAUAAUACGACAAGCAAAAUAUAUUUUAAUGAAACGAUAUAAAAUUCAAUAUGGAUUUUCUGGAUUUAAAAUGGGACAAUUGAUAAAAUUUAUUAGCGAUUUAAUUGUUGAAAUGGGUAUACAAUCAGCACCACCAUCACAAUCAAUCGAUACAAUAUGUUCUUCAAAUUCCAAUAAUAAUAAUCCAAUGACUGCAGCCAAAUUAAUAAAUAAUUCAACAACAAUAUCAAAUGCAACAUCAAAAGGUGGAAUAUCUUGGUCAAAAAUAGCCGCACAAAAUAGUACAACAUCAUCAUCAUCGAUACCAUCGACACCUACUGUAAAAGAUUUUGGUUGUGCAUCAUCAUCAUCAUCGUCAAUGUUGUCAUCAUCGUCAACAACAACAACAACAGCGAAUAUAACAUCCGGUUUAUUAAUAUCAACAACAACAGCACCAAUCGGUGUAAUAUCACCAAUAAUGAUGAUGUCAAAACCAACACCAUCAUCAACACCAUUAUCAUCAACAUCAUCAUCAUCAUUAAUAUCGACUACAUCGUUGACUGGCAAUAAUAAUAAUAAUAAUUUGAUGAAUAAUAUGAAUAAUCAAUCAUCAUUUUCAUCACCAUCGUCAUCAUUGAUGGCUGAUAAUAAUAAUAAUAAUAAUGGUCAAAAUAUAUUGAAUAAUCCUAAUUGUGCCUUAUGCCAUAAAACAAUGAUGGCUCCAAUGAUAAAUAAUAAUAGUGCAACAAGUUUAGCAUCAAAACUUGGUGGUGGUGGUUUUCGUUAUAUGCCACAUUGUAAACAUUUAUUUCAUAAAGAGUGUUUUGAAAGUAUCCAAUCAACGACAUCAUCAGCUUUAAAUACAAAUUGUCCAUUAUGUGAAAAAUUUGUAUUACGUAAAGAUGAAUUUCCAUCAUUGAAUUGA